AAUACACCAACUCAGUGCCGGUGGUUCAAACACUUGACUCCCUCCGAGGUUAUCCUGAGUUUCUCUUCGCUGGGCGGAUAUCCUUGCUUAUCAGUACCUUUGAUACGUUCUUAUGCAGUAAUCACCGUCAUGGCAGCACCAAAGUUUGUCUGCGCUAACCUGAAGCCUGACUGCACUGACUGCAAAGAAGAGGGGAAAUUCGCGUGCAAGGGCUGCCGUCUCGUCAAUUACUGCGGUCCAGAAUGCCAGAAGGCCCAUUGGCCUCAACACAAAAUAGACUGCAAGUCAUCGCUUAGUAAGGAAACAUGGCAGCCAGCUUAUAUGCUUGAGCGGCAACAGCUUUCAUUGCCUUCUGUAAUGGCUUCAAUGAAAUUUGCUGGACCAAAUAAGUACCAGUGGGGCAAUACCCCUGCCGUUGAUGUUCUUCAACUCGAAUCAAAUUAAGGGAAUUGCUAUGACGGCGACCUUCGUCUCUUAUUUACCGAUGUGUUUAAUUUGUUUUUUUUAUAUGAAGGCGAUAG